GUUGUCGGUGACACAGGGUCUGGUAAAACAACACAAAUGACGCAGUAUCUGGCAGAAGAAGGCUUUACAGCAAACGGGCGCAUUGGAUGUACGCAGCCUCGCCGCGUCGCCGCUAUGUCUGUUGCCAAGCGUGUUGCCGAGGAGAUGGAAUGUUGAUGAGAGAAUGUCUUGUAGACCCUUACAUGUCACAAUACUCGAUCAUCAUCUUGGAUGAGGCCCACGAACGCACCGUCAGUACAGAUGUCUUGUUCGGGCUCUUAAAACAGACAGUCCGGAAAAGAAAGGAUUUAAAGAUCAUUGUCACAUCUGCCACUCUUGAUGCGGAGAAAUUCUCGACAUACUUUUAUGAUUGCCCUAUUUUCACUAUUCCUGGUCGUACCUAUCCGGUCGAAAUUCUUUAUACCAAGGAGCCUGAAUCAGACUAUUUGGAUGCUUCAUUAAUCACUAUCAUGCAGAUCCAUUUAUCAGAGCCUGCUGGUGAUAUCCUCUUGUUCCUAACGGGUCAAGAAGAGAUCGAUACUGCGUGUGAAAUUCUUUAUGAGCGCAUGAAGGCGUUGGGACCGAUGGUACCAGAGCUGAUUAUCCUUCCUGUUUACAGUGCAUUGCCCUCUGAAAUGCAAUCCAGGAUUUUUGAGCCUACACCACCGGGAGCACGUAAAGUUGUUAUCGCCACCAACGUUGCUGAAACCAGUAUCACCAUCGAUGGUAUCUACUAUGUGGUAGAUCCGGGAUUUGUAAAACAGAAUGCGUAUGAUGCCAAGCUCGGAAUGGACUCUUUGAUCGUUACACCUAUCUCGCAGGCCCAAGCCCGCCAACGCUCUGGACGAGCAGGACGAACCGGACCUGGAAAAUGCUACAGACUGUACACGGAAGCAGCCUAUCGUAACGAGAUGAUGCCCAAUCCGGUGCCUGAAAUUCAACGUACCAACCUUGCCAUGAUUGUGCUGACACUAAAGGCUAUGGGUAUCAACGAUUUGAUCAACUUUGACUUCAUGGACCCGCCUCCAGUACAGACCUUGUUGACAGCUUUGGAACAAUUGUUUGCGCUGUCAGCAUUGGAUUCUGAGGGACUACUGACACGUCUCGGACGUAAGAUGGCUGUCUUCCCUAUGGAGCCUCCCUUGGCUAAAAUGUUGAUCUUGUCGGCGGACUUGCAUUGUUCGGAAGAAAUUUUAACGAUCGUCUCAAUGUUGAGUGUUCAAAGUGUCUUCCAUCGGCCCAAGGACAAACAAGCGCUCGCAGAUAGUAAGAAAGCCAAGUUCCAUCAACCUGAAGGCGACCAUUUGACAUUGUUGACAGUAUAUAACGCAUGGAAGGCUUCUAAAUUUUCGAACCCAUGGUGCUUUGAGAACUUUAUUCAGGCAAGAAGCAUGAAGCGCGCACAGGAUGUCAGGAAACAACUUCUUGGAUACAUGGACAGAUAUAAUCAGGACGUAGUUUCCUGUGGAAAGAAUUACACUCAGGUCAGACGUGCUCUUUGUGGAGGAUUUUUCCGCCAUGCUGCCAAGAAGGACCCACAGGAAGGAUAUAAAACGCUUGUAGAGGGUACGCCUGUGUAUAUCCACCCAAGUAGCUCGCUUUUCAACAAAAAUCCUGAAUGGGUGAUCUAUCACGAAUUAGUCAUGACAACCAAGGAGUAUAUGCGAGAGGUCACAGCAAUUGAACCAAAGUGGCUAACAGAAGCAGCCCCAACGUUCUUCAAAGUUGCUGACGCAAACAAGAUUUCUCGGCGUAAACGUCAAGAGAAGAUUGAGCCGCUGUUCAAUCGCUACGAGAAGCCAAACGAGUGGCGUCUCAGUCGUCUCAAAACAGGAAGCCGUGUCUCACAAACUUUUUAACUUCGUCUUUUUUAUUUUAUGUAAUGUUCACUCAUAAAUGACACUAAAUUGGUAAUAAAAUCUCUCCUCGUACACGUGACGAGUUGAUCACUUACUAGCAUAACCUCAAAGUCAGGGAC